UAGUAUACAAUACAAAACCACAACCACUAACAUUUCUUUUUUCCUCUCUCUCUCGUUCGCUCACAACCACCACCACUUGUCAAUGUCGUCUUCCCCAACCACCACCACCGUCCACGGCGAGCCUGAUCGGCGAACGUACUGGUGCCACGAAUGCGAUAUGAGUCUAUCUCUCCUCUCGCCAACAUCCUCCGUUUCAUCUCCUCUCGUAUGUCCUCAAUGCGACCUCGAUUUCCUCGAGCGUAUGGACGACGAAUCGUCUCCCACUCUCUUCGACGUUACCAUCGGCGGCGACGGAGAACAGGACGAUCACGACGAUGAAGAGGAGGAUUGGUGUUUCGUGGAUCCAACUGUUAAUUCCGAUGAUAACUUCCUCCUCGACAGCCCUUACCUCCACCGUCUCCUCCGCCAUCUCGCCUCCGAGAACUCCGGAUCUUCCUCCACCUCCUCCUCCUCCUCCUCCUCCUCCUCCUCUUCUGCUUUGAAAUCUUCCGAUAUCGAUUCGAUCCCCACGAUCCAGAUCUCGUCCUCCAUGCUAUCUUCCGAUCCCGAUCCGGACUCCGUCUUGCUCUGCGCCGUCUGCAAAGAGGAUUUCGCCGUCGGGGAAUCCGCUAAGAAACUGCCGUGCAGCCACAUAUACCAUUCCGACUGCAUCGUCCCCUGGCUAUCGGAUCACAACUCGUGUCCGCUCUGUCGGUUCGAGCUCCCCGCCGCCAAGAAAGCGGGAACCGUCGGUGGUGGUUCGGACGCUAGGAUCAGAUUAUCGGAUCUGGCUUCGAUCGUGGACGGAGACGAGGAGGAGGACGAUUGGCUCGGGAUCAGAAACGCGUUGAGACGACUCGCUCGUCGUCAUGAGCAGAUGAGAUUGGGUGUUGGGGAGAUGGAGCGGAGUCUUGCUCGGACGGUUUCGGGUUUGGAGAAUGCGAUGAGAAGAGAGAGAGAUUGAAGAAGAUAUAGCAGCAGCCAGCAGCAGCAGCAGCAACGUGACGGCGCGUGUGAAGAGUUUCAAAAUCAAAUAAAAAACGCGUGUGUUCUUUCUUCUUUACAGAUUCGGCAUUUUUAAUCGGUUCUUGGUUAUGUUAAAUGAGCGAGGAUUGUUGUUUUA